CGUCCCGGCGGAAGCGUGAGGGACCGAGCAGGGACCAGCGGCUGGCGGCGGCGGGAGCGGGGCUGGCGCCGCAGGAGCAGACGUGCCGCAGGGCGGGGGACACGGCUGUCACCACGGAGUCCGCCAGCAGCAACACCGCGGCGGCCACCGCCGCUUCGCGGGCCGCGGGCGCCGGGGACCAGGCAACCUCGCUGCCCCCGCCCAGGAUGCAGCGCAGAAAGAGGAACGCGGGCAGCAGCUCGGAUGGGACGGAGGACUCGGAUUUCUCCACGGACCCCGAGCACACGGACAGCUCUGAGAGCGACGGCACCUCCCGGAGAUCCGCCCGCGUCACCCGCUCCUCGGCCCGCCUCAGCCAGAGCUCCCAGGACUCCAGCCCGGUGCGGAGCGCGGCGCCGUUCGGGCCGGACGAGCCGGUGUACUCCACGCGCAGGGUGACCCGCAGCCAGCAGCAGCCGGCUCCUGUCACCCCCAAGAAGUACCCGCUGCGCCAGACCCGCUCCUCGGGCUCCGAGACCGAGCAGGCCGUGGACUUCUCGGACAGAGACACCAAAAACGCGGCGGAGCACGACGAGUCCCCGCCGCGCACGCCCACGGGCAACGCGCCCUCCUCGGAGUCCGACAUCGACAUCUCGAGCCCCAACGUGUCCCACGACGAGAGCCUGGCCAAGGACAUGUCCAUGAAGGACUCGGGCAGCGACCUCUCGCACCGGCCCAAGCGCCGCCGCUUCCACGAGAGCUACAACUUCAACAUGAAGUGUCCCACGCCCGGCUGCAACUCCCUGGGACACCUGACCGGGAAGCACGAGCGCCACUUCUCCAUCUCGGGGUGCCCUCUCUACCACAACCUCUCAGCAGAUGAGUGCAAGGUGCGAGCACAGAGCCGGGACAAGCAGAUUGAGGAGCGGAUGUUGGCCCACAGGCAGGAUGACAACAACAGGCACGCCACCAGGCACCAGGCCCCCACAGAGAGGCAGCUGCGCUACAAGGAGAAGGUGGCUGAGCUCAGGAAGAAGAGGAACUCGGGGCUCAGCAAGGAGCAGAAGGAGAAAUACAUGGAGCACAGGCAGACCUAUGGCAACACCAGGGAGCCUCUCCUGGAGAACCUGACCAGCGAGUACGACCUGGAGCUGUUCCGCAGGGCCCAGGCCCGCGCCUCCGAGGACCUGGAGAAGCUGAGGCUGCAGGGGCAGAUCACCGAGGGCAGCAACAUGAUCAAGACCAUCGCGUUCGGGCGCUACGAGCUGGACACGUGGUACCACUCGCCCUACCCCGAGGAGUACGCGCGCCUCGGCCGCCUCUACAUGUGCGAGUUCUGCCUCAAGUACAUGAAGAGCCAGACCAUCCUGCGCAGGCACAUGGCCAAGUGUGUCUGGAAGCACCCGCCGGGGGACGAGAUCUACCGCAAGGGCUCCAUCUCCGUCUUCGAGGUGGAUGGCAAGAAAAACAAGAUCUACUGUCAGAACCUGUGUCUGCUGGCAAAGCUUUUCCUGGACCACAAAACCCUCUAUUAUGAUGUGGAACCUUUCCUGUUCUACGUCAUGACAGAGGCUGACAACACUGGCUGCCACCUGAUCGGGUAUUUCUCCAAGGAGAAGAAUUCCUUCCUCAACUACAACGUGUCCUGCAUCCUGACCAUGCCCCAGUACAUGAGACAAGGCUAUGGCAAAAUGCUCAUUGACUUCAGUUAUUUGCUGUCUAAAGUGGAGGAAAAAGUUGGCUCCCCAGAGCGUCCCCUGUCCGACCUGGGCCUGAUCAGCUACAGGAGCUACUGGAAGGAAGUUCUGCUGCGCUACCUGCACAACUUCCAGGGCAAGGAGAUCUCCAUCAAAGAGAUCAGCCAGGAGACUGCCGUGAACCCCGUGGACAUCGUCAGCACCCUGCAGGCCCUGCAGAUGCUCAAGUACUGGAAGGGCAAGCACCUGGUCCUCAAGAGGCAGGACCUGAUUGACGAGUGGAUCGCCAAGGAGGCCAAGAGGUCCAACAGCAACAAGACCAUGGAUCCCAGCUGCCUCAAGUGGACCCCUCCCAAGGGCACCUAGGUGUCCCCAGCAGCGUCCCCAGCAGAGGAGGAUCCGUGUGCUUGGCUCUGCAGUGUCCCCAGGGCGGGUCACCCCGGGCUGGCCUGGCCUGGCCCUGUGUCCCCACAGUUCUGGGGAACUCGGAAGUUUCGGCCUCAGUGAGGCCGCGAGGACUGGAAGUGUCUGGGAGCCCCCAGGAAGCUGAGGAGCUCUGGCUGCUGGGCCUGUCCCUGUCCCUGCUGUCCUGCUCCGUCCCUCUGUCCCUCCUGCAGCUUCCCUGCGGGCUGGGCUCACCCCCUGGCUCUUGGACAGUGCUGGAAAUGCUUCUCUGGGGCAGUCAGUGCUUGGAGCUGCUCCUGUCCCGUGCCGUGUCUGGAAUAGCUUUAGUGGGAUCAUUGCCCCUCUCCCAGCAGUUUUCCCUAGGAUCCAGCAGAUCUUCACUUAGCUCCUGUUGUACAGCCAGAACUGCACCUCCUGCACCUGAGGGAGUCACUGGGUGUCCCUGUCACCCCCUCCUGGAGCCACCACAGCCCUGCUGGAAGCACCUCUGGAGUAGAAUUCCCGUUUUUUCCUGGUGUGUAUCUCGUGGAAUUGCUGAGUUCCUGUACAUAAACCACCUGCUGAGUGUAUUCCCCUGGAGAUGUUUUUUCCCAGAGCAGCCUUCCUGGAAUUGCAGGUCCCUUUUUGUUGCAGGUUUUUGUUUCUUUUUUCCCCCUCCAGGCUAAAGGAAUCCAAACUUUGGCCUUUUCCAAAGCACCAGUUCCAGAGGAGCUGUUGGGCUGCUGUGCUCCAGGGAGGGAUGGAUUCCCUGGCAGAGCAAAAAAAAAAAAAAA